GAGAGCGCGCGUAAGUCGCGGGUGUGGUGAAUGGCCGUUUCGCUCUCGGCAGCUCCUCUCGACAGCCGCGAAUGCAGUCAUACGCAGUCUCAUGCGCUAACUCUACUGUGCCGAACCUCCACCGCCACACCUCUCUCGCUCCGCUUUUUUCGCACCUCGUCGAUCUUCCGUCAUCGUCUUUCAAACACAUAACCAUAAAGAUGUCGUCACGGAAAACAGCUGGUCGCCGUGCCACCACGAAGAAGCGUGCGCAGCGUGCUACUUCCAAUGUCUUUGCCAUGUUUGAUCAGGCUCAGAUUGCAGAAUUUAAAGAAGCAUUUAACAUGAUUGAUCACAACCAUGAUGGUUUCAUCGAUAAAGAAGAUCUCCAUGACAUGCUUGCUUCUUUGGGAAAAAAUCCUACUGAUGAGUACUUGGAGGGUAUGAUGAACGAAGCUCCAGGUCCUAUCAACUUUACUAUGUUCCUAACACUCUUUGGAGAAAGGUUACAAGGCACAGAUCCAGAGGAUGUGAUAAAGAAUGCAUUUGGCUGCUUUGAUGAAGAGAACACAGGCCACAUUAAUGAGGAGCGCCUCAGAGAACUGCUCACCACCAUGGGAGAUCGGUUCACCGAUGACGACGUUGACGAGAUGUAUCGGGAAGCCCCAAUCAAGAACACCAUGUUUGAUUACUUGGAAUUCACAAGGAUUUUGAAACACGGUGCUAAAGACAAGGAUGAGCAGUGAAAUCAUUGAAGAUUUUUUGUAGUUUAGAAAGUGCAGGCAUUAAAAAUGUGCUUUCAGUUUGUCUAUGAAAUGGCUUACUCAAAAGAAGAAGAGUUAAAUUAAAUUUACUUUUCUCAAACAUCAAUGAAUGAUAACAUAAGCAUGUUGUUCAAGUUUUAGUAGCACUGGACUAAAUCCAAUGAGUGUAAGCUUCAAUGUAUCGAGACUGCAAUCUCCUAAAAGUCUUAAGUAGAGAAGCCUUUCCAUUUACACAUGAUUUAUACAUAGAAAAUAUUUUGCAUUUCUACUUAGUUAUAAUCUUUAGUUCUUCUGAGAUGACAAACACCCACAAACACGUAAUUCAUAUUUAUUUGAAAAGCGAAACGAGUAUUUCGGAAAAUUGUUAAAACAUAAGUAUUAUGAACACGAGACUAAAUGGAGUUUAUUUGAAAUCUCAGCUAUAAUCGCGAUCAGAGAGCUUUUGUAACUUUGAAUUUUGCAAAGAUUGGAAAAGCAUGUAAAAUAUGAACAUACAAACAUUUACAGUUGAUUAAUCGAAAAAGCGGUAUUUGUAUUUUAAUACAUUAAAAUAAUAUAUUGUAAAAUGUAACAUAAAUUGGAUGAAAUAAUAAUCUUUAUUUACCUUUUCGAUAUUUAAAAA